GUCCCCCAGAUACCGGGAGUACCUCUUGUCGCUAAUUAGCUCUUCGCUUCUUUUCGAUAGUUGGUUAUCUUUUCUGUCGAUUGUUUGCCUCGUGUAUUUUUUACGUCAGCCAUGUUUGAACAAAAUAUUGUUCCAUCAAUUUUAAUAUAAAUGCAGCGUUAUGGAGGUUGCAUGGUUAUUUACCGCAUGUAAUACCAUCUUACAUCAUCGUAUGUCAUUGUGGAAAAUAAAUCGCAUAAAGGACUUUGUGUAGUUUUCCGGUGGUAUUAAAUGGUUCUACUUGCUGGCCUUAUCCUUGUUCCAGUACAGUAAAUAACCUACAGCUUAUAACGUUUGCAUGGAAACAAGAAAGUUAAGACAACAAACAUAUAAAGCCAUGGAGUUGUACCAUCAACGCAGCGGCGAACUGACCAAUCAGUACAAAUAUCAUGUUAGUGGACUAGAAGAAUUUAUCUUGUCAGACUUUCAUUUAUCGGCAAGCAGUUCCAUAACCAAUUUAAAUAGUUAUAGGGACGAUUGUGACAAAUUGUUCAAAAAUGUUCAAGUCGCUUAUGCCACUCUUUUCAAAUAUUUGGACGGGGUAAAAACAACUGAAAGCCAAACCUUAUCAACAUGGCUUGAAAAUUCAUUUGUACAAGUAGAGGCUAGAGUAAGUGACUGCCUUAAGUAUAUAAGGGCGCUCAAGGACCAGAAACUGGAAACAAUGAGCAAUAGUGAUAAAUCUUCGUCACCUAGCCUGGCCUUAUCGAAGGCCGCCCAGGCAAAGGCUGCCAAAAUUAGACUUGAAUUUGUCGAAAAGGAGAUCGAACUGAUGAAAAAGCAGGCGAACAUUAAUGCUGAUCUCGAGCUCUUAAAAUAUCAAAGGGAAGCAGCAGCAUUGGCUACUGAAGCUGAGGAGCUAGCAAAUCCAUCUAGUACGUCACAGAAUGGAUCGGUUAUAGGCGAUUUUCUACCAGCAGAGGACUCUGUUGCAAAGGUAAACCGCUUUAUAGCAGCCAAUCAGACUGAAUCAAAUUCCAUAUUAAAGCAAGAAAAACCUGUAAAUGAAUCGAGUGUUACAGCACAAUUUCUCCUAAGGAAAGACCUUAUUCUAUCAAGACUUACAAACUUUAAUGACACAUGUGCAAACUAUCAAGCAUGGAAAUCUAGCUUCCAGUCCGUCAGCAAGGAAAUGGUCAUAAACAGCAGUGAAGAAAUAGAUCUACUCAUCAAAUAUCUGGGUCCCAGUUCUAGGAAGCAAGCAAUACGCCUAAGAACAGCUUAUCUUCAUGAUACAGAUGAAGCGUUGAAUCAGAUCUGGCGGAGGUUGGACGAAAGAUUUGGCUCACCAGAAAGUGUGCUGAAUUCUUUGUCAAAUCGUCUGCAAGCUUUUCCUUGUUUGACAAAUAAAGAUAGAGCUAAACUCUAUGACUUAGCGGACAUCUUACAAGAGAUCGAGGGGUUGAUGACUAACCCCAAAUACAACAAAACAUUAUCGUACUUUGAUUCUUCGAUAGGUGUAAAUCCUGUGGUGGGCAAGUUGCCCCACAGUCUUCAGCAGAAAUGGAUAACCCCUGCAUCUCACUACAAGGAACUUUAUGGAGUGCCAUUCCCACCGUUCGGUAUAUUUACAAGCUUCGUGAAAAAGCACAGCGUAAUAUACAACGACCCUAGUUUCUUUUAUGAAACCCAGCCAACAAAAGGUUCCAGUACUUGUGGUAGACAAAAGGAUCACAAUUCAUCGUCUUCGAAACCAGCAUACAGCGGUCAUAUUGCAGCAGCAAAAACAGGAGUUCAUCGUGAUCAGAAAUCUAAUGUGUCUAGUGUAUCUAGUAAUCAGUGUUUAAUCCACAACGGAGCUCCUCAUUCUCUAGCGGAAUGCAGAAAUUUUAAAUGUAAGACGGAGGAGGGGAAGAAGUCGUUUCUUUAUGAAAACAAGUUGUGCUUUCGGUGCUAUUCUGGAGAUCAUCAAGCUCGCGAUUGUAAAGUUUCUAAUACCCAGAAACCCAUAGACCCUCAUGGUGGGGAGAAACAGCAAUCAUCUACCUGGAGAAGUGAUAGACAACAGAUCAACAGAUCUUCAGAACAGAAACAGAACAUUGAUAACAAAUGUACUGAAAUUUGCGGUGAAAAUGUUGUUGGUAAAUCUUGUGCAAAAAUUAUGCUUGUCAAUGUAUAUGUCAAAGAUAACCCAGAUAACUGUGUUAAGUGUUAUGCUACCAUUGAUGAUCAAAGUAAUAGAUGUCUAGCAAAGCCAGAAUUAUUUCGUCUUUUAAAUGUAACUGGCAAGUCUGUUGAGUAUACAAUGUCGUCAUGUAAUGGUGUUUCUGUUAAAUCUGGUAGAGAAUCAGACAAUUUGGUUGUUGAAUGCAUUGAUAAAAGUGUACAUUUUGAUCUCCCUACUGUGUUAGAAUGUCAUGAUAUACCAAGUAACAGGAAUGAGAUUCCUACACCUAGUGUGGCAGCCAAUCACCCACAUUUGUCAGAUAUAGUGCCAUUAAUCCCAGAGAUAGAUAGCAAUUCAAAAAUCUUGUUGUUGCUUGGCCGUGACAUCCCAGAUGUACAUCAUGUCAUGGAUCAACGUUUAGGUCCGAAAGGUUCCCCGUUUGCACAACUCUUGCCUCUUGGUUGGGUUGUAGUAGGUGAGGUCUGUUUAGGCAGUACACACAUAAUCCCAGAUGUGAAUGUUAUGAAGACCUUUGUUGUGGGUGACGGGCGAGCUUCACUUUUGCCACCGUGUCCUAGCAAAAUCCAUGUGUCUGAGUCAAAGGAAAUGGGUAAAGUGGCAUAUGAUUAUGGCUGCAAUUCAACCUAUGUUAUAGACAAUGGUAGAUAUACUUUGUUCAAACCAUGUAAUGAUGUAUUAAACCUUGAUCACAUGUCAUCACAGAUGACAUAUGAUUAUGUGUUCACGUCUACUGUCCGUGACGAUAAGGAAUCGUUGUCUAUAGAUGAUAGAGAUUUUUUGGCCAUCAUGAAUGAUGAGCUCGUCCUUGAUUCUAAGAAUAGGUGGUCUGCCCCCCUUCCUUUUAGGUCAUCCCGGCGUAAACUCCCAAAUAACAAAGCACAGGCUCUCCAACGAGCAAAAAGUCUCCAAGCUAAUUUGAGUAAGAACCCAGACAAGAGACAGCAUUUCGUUGAAUUCAUGGGUGAAUUACUUGCUAAUGGCCAUGCAGAAAUCGCUCCAAAGUUACAGGAUAAUUCAGAAUGCUGGUACCUUCCCAUUUUUGGGGUAUAUCAUCCAAAGAAAUCCAAAAUCCGUGUUGUCUUCGACUCAUCUGUUCGGUAUGAUGGCGUAUCAUUGAAUUCUGUAUUACUCCAAGGCCCAGAUCUCACCAACAGCCUUCUUGGUGUAUUGCUUAGGUUUAGGCGCGAGUUAGUUGCAGUUUCGGUAGAUAUAGAACAAAUGUUCUAUUGUUUUGGAGUUCACGAGAGUGAUCGAGAUUAUCUCCGCUUUCUUUGGCAUGAAGAUAACGAUGUCUCAAAGCCACUUGUAGAGUAUCGUAUGUCCAAACACGUGUUUGGUAACAGCCCAUCUCCAGCUAUAGCUAGUUACGCUUUAAGAAAGUCUGUUGAGAAAUCGCAUGACGAUGUUAGGCAGUUUGUUCAUAAUGAUUUUUAUGUAGACGAUGGGCUUACCUCAUGUUCUACUGUCCACCAGGCCGUGGAUUUGCUCCAACGUACACAAGCAUGUUUGUCCGAAACAGGAAUUCGUCUUCAUAAAAUUAUUUCAAAUAAACCUGACGUUAUGAAAGGUUUUCCCAAUGAAGACUUAGCGGUGGAUUUGAACCAAGUUGACUUUGAGCUUGAAAGCCUUCCCGUACAACGUAGUUUAGGGCUUGAGUGGGAUUUGAAAUCAGACUGUUUUCUGUUCAGGUAUCAUGUACAGAAUAAGCCAUUGACCAAAAGAAGUGUCUUGUCCAUCAUAAAUAGUGUGUUUGACCCCAUUGGCUUUUUAGCUCCUGUUAUUAUAGUGGGUAGAUUGAUACUUAGAGAUGUCAUGUCUAGUGGUGUAGACUGGGACGAACCGUUACCUUCUGAGUUUGAGACAAGGUGGCAGCGUUGGUUAGAAAGUUUGAAAGAUUUGGAAUAUAUCAAAGUCCCAAGGUCUCUUUUCAACAUAUCUCUGUCGGAGAUGCACCAAUUAGAAUUACACCUGUUUUCUGACGCUUCGGAAAAAGCCAUUGCAGCGGUAGCUUACAUUGUUGGUUAUUCAGAUAGUAAUACCAAGCAUGCUAGUUUUGUUAUGGGUAAAAGCAAAGUAGCUCCCUCCAAGGGACACACAAUACCACGCUUAGAGCUCUGUGCCGCCGUAUUAGUGACUGAGCUAUUUUCGAUAGUCGUAGAGAACUUGCAUGUAGAGUUUACCCAGGUAGUGUUUUAUACAGAUAGUAAAGUUGUACUAGGGUACAUAAACAACCAGUCUCGUAGAUUCUAUACGUAUGUAAGCAAUAGAGUACAGAAGAUUAGACUCGUAAGUACUCCUAAACAGUGGAGAUACAUUUGUUCAGAGAAAAAUCCCGCAGAUAUAGGUACAAGAGGUAGUUGCCCUCAACAGUUGAAAGAUAGUAUGUGGUUGUUAGCUCCAUCUUUCCCGCAGGAGCUUACUGAGCCGUUACCAGAGUUUUAUCCAUUAGUUGAUCCUCAGUCAGAUAGUGAAGUGCGUAAUGUAGUUGCCAUGGUAACUUGUGCAGAGAAAAAUUCACAUUUAGGUACGAGCCGUUUCGAACACUUUUCCUCAUGGGAAUGGUUGGUGUUUGCUAUGGGUGUAUUGAUGCACAUUGUCCUAUCAAUCAAAGGAUCUGUGAAGUGUAAAGGUUGGCAUGUAUGCUUAGAGUCUCAGUCUUUAGAAACUAAGUCUAGAGCCAAGACAUUAAUCCUUAAAGAGGUUCAGUAUGACAAUUUUAGAGUAGAAAUAGAAGCUUUGUGUUCAAAGAAUCCUCUUAGCAAGGGAAAUCCCCUAUUGUCCUUGGAUCCUUUCCUUGAUGAUGUAGGUUUGCUUAGAGUAGGUGGUCGCCUUAGUCAAAGUAAUUUGUCCGUAGAGGAGAAACAUCCAAUUAUAUUGCCUAGAAAUCAUCAUGUGACUAAACUGCUCAUUAGACACUGUCACGAAUCCGUGUAUCAUCAAGGGCGCUUGUUUACUGAAGGUGCAAUUAGACAGUCAGGCUAUUGGAUCUUAGGGGGGAAACGCAUUAUAUCUUCUCUAAUAUUUAACUGUGUGACAUGUAGGAAAUUUAGGGGAAAGUUUGAGACUCAAAAAAUGUCGGACUUGCCGACAGAUAGAACAGAGCAAACGUAUGCUUUCUCUUAUGUAGGGGUAGACAUAUUCGGCCCAUGGCAAGUUGUUUCUCGUAAAACUCGCAGUUCACAGGCUUGUUCUAAGCGCUGGGCAGUUCUGUUUACGUGCCUCACAAUUCGAGCAGUACACAUUGAAGUAGUCGAUGAAAUGUCUUCAUCAGCAUUUAUAAACGCCCUUAGACGUUUUAUUGCAAUUCGUGGUCCUGUAAAAGUGUUCAGGUCUGAUUGCGGUACAAAUUUUGUGGGUGCUACCGCUCAUAUUGGCGUCGAUGCUAUCAAUGUUGAAGAUGAACAAAUGAAAGGUUAUCUCCAUAGGUCUGGCACUGUGUGGAUUUUCAACGCCCCCCACAGCUCACACAUGGGAGGGGCCUGGGAAAGGAUGAUUGGGGUCUGUAGACGUAUACUAGAGUCUAUGCUUUCUAAUGUGCAUAACCUUACUCAUGAUGUCUUAGUUACUCUUAUGGCCGAGGUUAGUGCGAUCGUGAAUGCACGUCCCAUUGUUCCUGUGUCCUCAGACCCAGAAUGCCCUCAAGUUUUGAGUCCAUCAGCUCUACUGAACUUGAAACUAGAUCCUGAUAAACAGCCUAUUGAUCACCAAUCCAUUAAAAACCUAUACAAAGAUCAAUGGAAACGUGUCCAGUACCUUGCAGGGGAAUUUUGGUUACGUUGGAGAAAAGAGUUUCUCCAGUCCCUUCAAGCCAGAUCUAAGUGGCAUGCAGAUCGAGCCCCACUAAAGCUUAAUGAUGUAGUUCUGCUCAAAGAUUAUGAAGUACCUCGCAAUCAUUGGCCUUUAGGAAGAGUGAGCAAAUUGUUUCCAAGUACUGAUGAGAAAAUUCGCAAAGUUGAAGUUUUUGUAAUCAAAGACGAUAAACCAGUCUAUUUUGUUAGACCAGUCAUAGAAACAGUGUUGUUAGUAAGGCACGAAUGUUGACGUGGUGAUCAGUGUUUAUAUCGAUAUAAUUGACUGAUGUGGACCUUUUAAGAAGCCAUUCACAUGGAACGUUAUUUGUGCGUUUAAAGUGGUGGAACGUUAUUUGUGCUCUAAAAGUGUUACAGUUUGAAUAGUGAGUUUAUCAUAAGUCGGCCGUUUAAUUGUAUUCCAGUGUCCAUGUUUUGAAACGUCUUGUUAAGAAAUACUUGCAACAUGCAGUAAUUUGUUCAUAAGUACUAAAUUAGCGUAAUAUUUGUAACUUGUUUCAAAUUUUUCUACUAGUAAAUUGUUCAUAUAUAUCACAUAGUUUGUGUUAAGUCUUUUUAAAUUUAAUUGCCUUUUGUGGUUCUGUAUUUGAUUUUAUCUAAGGGCCCUUGAUAUUUUUGAGUCCAGAACUUCAUAAGACUUCGCAAAACGGAAUUUUCAACUUUUGAAUUUAAUUCGGCUGAUUGUUAUAUUUUUGUUGUUGAUACAUUUGUAUAAUAAUUUUAAUGUAAUAUCUUUAAAGAUAUUAGAUGGGGAGUGUCGUGUCCCCCAGAUACCGGGAGUACCUCUUGUCGCUAAUUAGCUCUUCGCUUCUUUUCGAUAGUUGGUUAUCUUUUCUGUCGAUUGUUUGCCUCGUGUAUUUUUUACGUCAGCCAUGUUUGAACAAAAUAUUGUUCCAUCAAUUUUAAUAUAAAUGCAGCGUUAUGGAGGUUGCAUGGUGUAAGUCAUUGAAGUAUUUAAUUAUUUCUUGAUGUAAUCGUUACUUUAGCAGUAAUACUUUCGUGUUUAACUCUCUAAACUUCGGUUUUUAUAGAUUUCUGGAUUCGUACCCAAAAUUGUUCGUACUUGUGCUCAUUUCGUAUUUUAACCUUUAGAGCUUAAAUUCUUCAUUUAUAUAACUAUUUUUAUAGUUUUCUGAAUCUUUAAUAGUCUAGUUCCUGAAUGCAACUGCAGUAUUUGUACUUUUGGAGUCAAUAUGUGUUUAUACGUCAAUGUCUUAUAGUAAUA